AUGUCUGGUUUCAAGGUUACUGUUUUGGACGAUACCACGGGUGCACCCAUCCCUCAAGCACAGGCCUCAGACGGUGGGGGCCUGAUUGAGGGCAGGAUUUUCUCUGCACCCAACGUUAUAUGGGCAAUUGCUGCAACCAUCAUCGGAUUGCCACUUGGUGCAGCGGGAGUGAAGCUAUGGAGGGUGACUACUGCACUGGGAGGAGGGCUGGUUUUGGCAUUUGCAAUGUGGACUGCCUUGGUUAAUACCAUUUCCGAGAGCGGCCUUGCCUCUUCACAAUCAAUGUCGGACAUGCUUAUACUUCUUAUCACCGGUGCAGCUUUCCUUGUCGGCAUGGUGGGAGGUGCGUUCCGGCUCCUUGUUCUACCGGCAAUGGCUGCCAUGUGCGCUCUUGGAGGGUCAUCAAUUGCUGUUCGAGCAGUUAUACUACGUCCCGGCUUACUUGUUCCUCCUGGUCAAAAUCAACAACUGGCAUUCGUAAACAUUAUUAUCGUUUCAGUGGGCGCGUUGUUCGGAGGGCUAAGCGUCAUUUUCAAGCAAAGGGAAAGCAUGGCAAGUAACAUAUUUUCAACUUCCUGUAUCGGCUCUUUCCUUAUUGCGCUUUCCACCGAUUUGCUCCUCAACGGACAGGAUGGAAUGAGCAGAGGGCUUAGAUUUUUAUUUGAUAUGAACGUCAAUCACAUAGCGACGGUUUUGAUGGAGAAUCCCAAUCGCUAUACAGACUCUUCCUCUACAAAGGGCGACUCUUCAUCCUCUUUCCAGGCUCCGGCAGGACGACCUGCCGUAGCGCCCGGGCCAACCUGGCGAACUUCGGUCCUUUCCUUGUUUCGUGUGCCCGGAAGAUCAUCUAGCCUUGUCUCUAGUCAACGUAUCGUAUCAGAAUUGCCGCGUUCCGAAAAGCCGAGCAAUGAACGCCGUGGAAGUGACGCAUACAACUACGGUUUCGGUAUGUAUGCGCUACCGUCGGAACUUGUGCGUCAACAGCCCCAAGCCCGAAGUCAGAUGUCAAGCACCCGGACCGAUUUGCAGCGCCCUUCUAUUACCACUGCACCUGGACGCUCCCCACAAUUUGCCGGAAUCGGUCUGAGAAACUAUCGAGACCAGUUUCCUGCCACUCGUAAUCAAACUCCAACUCGUAGUGCAAGAGGGCCACCAUUCCCUUCCAUCAGAUACGAUAGUUCGCAAAAAAUAUCAGAGCCACAAAGCUCACGAGGUGGAUAUGUACGUCCCGGUGUUGCUCGAAACACACCCCAAGCCGCAUCUAUGCGGCCGGCCGGAGCCACUCCCAGUCCUCUGGCUUCCAAUCAAUCGAAUAUUCCUCGCUCCCAGUAUCUUGCACCCAGGAUGGCACCGUCUUCCAAUAUCGCUAAGGCAACACUGAGUCCUCCAACCAAUACUGUAUCAACAACCUCACCCCGAACAGGAAUCGGCAUGAACAUGUUGCGGAUGAGCAUGGAUUCGAUCAUUGACGCGUAUGGUGGGACAAGUGACACUGGCUACCGGUACGGAGGAUCACGUACUGGCGAAGGGGUGGGUCCUGAACUUAUAUCGUAA